AACUAAGAAAAAGAAAAACAGAGUUUUUCAAUAUCUAUUUCCGGCAAAUUCAUUUUGUUUUUUUCUUUCUCCUACAACAGCGGGAGAAUCAGAAACGUAAAUAAGAACAAACAUUAAUAGCACCUAGAUAAAUUUGGAGAAGAUAAGAUGAAAAAAUAGAAAAGAAAAAAAACUAAAUUUGAAAAGAAAAAAAAAAGACAAAGGAGAAGGAAGAAGUCUGGGAGGGGAGUCCCAGAAUAUUGUCUUUUCUCCGGUGACAGUGUCGGUUCUCUGACGCUCUCUUUGUUCAUUCUUUCUUCGUUCUUUCCCUGAAUGCCUUCACCUGUAUUCAGGAAACUUGCGGUGAUUUAUAAUUUGAGGAGCGAGAGAUUAUAAGGUGCUAUGGAUAUAUUAAAGCAAAGCCAAAGAAAUGCACAUUUUUAAAUGAUUGAAGAAAAACCAUAUCCAAGAGUGGCACAAUUAAUCUGAGAAACACUGGCAUGAACUGUAUGGCCUUGGCUCUAGAUCCACUAACCGACCGGUUUACACAGUUUAACCGAUCUUCACAAAGAUGCAGACUCCAAUCUCUAACCAACCUCGACUUCAACUUUCUAGACUUCAACACCAAACCAACAACUCUCACCUCUUCACACUCCUUCAACCACAGAAGCGUCUCCACUCCAUGCUUCUCCGCUUCCUCUGAGAACAAAGACGCUGCUGGUCCAGAGAUAGAGAUCCUCGGUGGUCGAAGAGCGCCCACCGUACGCGCCCUUGUAGCCGAAGUGAACAUAGCUAUGGUCUCAGGAGCUCAGCCUCUGCUUUUACCGAGUGGCUUGGGAGGUGCUUAUCUUUUGCAAACGGGACAUGGUCACAGCAUCGCUGUUGCAAAGCCGGUUGAUGAAGAGCCCUUAGCUUUCAACAAUCCAAAAGGCUCUGGCGGUGGUCUGAUGCUCGGACAACCCGGUUUGAAACGGUCUAUCCGGGUGGGUGAAUCCGGAAUCCGUGAAGUGGCUGCUUACCUCUUAGACCACCAAGGUUUCUCCAGCGUUCCACCAACCGCGUUGGUCAGAAUCUCACACGUCCCCUUCCAUGGCAAUGAUGGUGAUCAAGCUGUAGCCUCUUUGCAACGGUAUGUAGGUCAUGAUUUUGAUGCAGGAGAGCUAGGACCAGGGAGCUUCACUGUUGGUUCGGUCCAUAGGAUUGGGAUACUUGAUGUGAGAGUCUUGAACCUAGACAGGCAUGCUGGAAACAUGUUAGUGAAGAAGAUACAUGACCAAGAUGAUGAGAGUUGUUGUUACAAUGGAGUUGGAGCUGCCGAGCUUGUGCCUAUAGACCAUGGUCUUUGCCUACCUGAAUGUCUUGAUGAUCCUUACUUCGAAUGGCUUAACUGGCCUCAAGCUUCGGUUCCAUUCACUGAUGCUGAGCUUCAUUAUAUAUCAAAUCUUGACCCUUUCAAAGACGCAGAGCUUUUGAGAACCGAGCUAGGGUCUAUACAGGAAUCUUCCAUAAGAGUCCUCGUUGUUUGCACCAUGUUCUUGAAACAAGCAGCUGCUUCAGGGCUGUGUCUUGCAGAGAUAGGUGAGAAGAUGACUAGAGACAUCUGCGGAGGUGAAGAGAGUUCUAGUCUGUUGGAGAUUCUCUGCACCAAAGCAAAAGCAAGCGUGGUUGGUGGAAGCUAUGAAGAAGAAGGAGAAGAUGGUGAGGAUGAUUAUAGUAGUGAAUGGGAUGAAGUAGAGGCAGAGAUAGAGUUGUAUUUUAACUUUGACGAUGAGUUUGAAGAUGUAAAAUGCAAAGAGCUUACAGAAGAGAUGAGUCAUGUCUCUAAACCUCCUUUGUUUCCAAGAGCUCCAUCUUUCUCAGCCAAUCUUUCUGCUCUCAUGAUGUGUUCUUGGAUUGGGACUCAUGAUGGGAGUCUGGUGAGGAGCAAGAAUGUAAGAUAA